CAAAGCCUGUUGACCUGAACAGGAACUUGGGGAAGGGACGUAACCCAGAGCGGCGAGGUGGAGCCAGCGAGGCCGGCUCCUUGAGAAAACUCAGAAAAGUGAAAGGGCACUGGGCACAACAUUCAGCUCAGGCUUGGCUUAGGGAGCUGAGAAGCAGGUUUCAGAGGAGGUUGCGGCUAAGCCAGAGACACAGCAGUGAGCACAGCUGGGAGAGGCUCGGGUACCAGCCAUGCUCGCAGCCGCAGGCUCCCUGGUGGCCUCCAUCUGGGCAGCGCUCCAUCUCCAGACUCUGCUGCUGGCUGCUGUCAUCUUCUUGUUUCUGGCUGACUACUUCAAAAACCGGCGCCCCAAGAACUAUCCGCCAGGGCCGAGGCGCCUGCCCUUCGUGGGCUGCUUGUUCUAUUUGGACAUAAAGCAACCUCACAUAGCCAUACAGAAGUUUGUGAAGAAAUAUGGGAACAUUUUAAGCUUGGAGUUUGCUAAUAUACCCUCAGUGGUUGUAACUGGCAUGCCCUUAAUCAAAGAAGUCUUUACUCAAUUGGAGCCAAAUUUUCUGAAUCGUCCUGUCACUUGUCUCCGAAAACAUCUCUUUAAAAAUAAUGGAUUGAUCUUCUCCAGUGGCCAGACAUGGAAGGAACAAAGAAGAUUUGCCCUGAUGACACUGAGGAACUUUGGAUUGGGAAAGAAGAGCUUAGAACAGUGUAUGCAGGAGGAGGCCCGACACCUUGUGGAGGCCAUAAGAGAGGAGAGAGGACAGCCUUUUGACCCUCAUUUCAAUAUCAACAAUGCGGUUUCCAAUAUCAUUUGCUCUGUCACCUUUGGGGAACGCUUUGAGUACCAGGACAGUCAAUUUCAGGAGAUGUUGAGGCUACUGGAUGAGGCCACAUGUUUGGAGGCAUCAGUGAUGUGCCAGCUCUACAAUAUCUUUCCAAAGAUACUUCAUUAUCUUCCUGGAUCACACCAAACAGUUUUCAGAAACUGGGAAAAACUGAAAUUGUUUGUUUCUGAUAUUAUUGAAAAUCACCGCAAAGACUGGGACCCUGAUGAGCCGAGAGACUUCAUUGAUGCUUUCCUCAAGGAAAUGACAAAGUACCCAGACAAGACUACUACAAGUUUCAAUGAAGAAAACCUCAUCUGCAGCACUCUGGACCUCUUCUUUGCUGGAACAGAGACAACAUCCACAACACUGCGCUGGGCUCUGCUCUGUAUGGCCCUCUACCCAGAAGUCCAAGAAAAAGUGCAGGCUGAGAUUGACAAAGUGAUUGGUCAAGGAAGACAGCCAAGCCUGGCUGACCGAGAGUCUAUGCCCUACACCAAUGCUGUCAUCCACGAAGUGCAAAGAAUAGGCAACAUCAUCCCUUUUAAUGUUCCCAGGGAAGGAGCAGUUAACACCAAGUUGGCUGGAUUUGACCUGCCAAAGGGAAUAAUGAUCCUGACCAACCUAACUGCACUGCACAGGGACCCCAAAGAGUGGGCCACUCCAGAUGAAUUCAACCCAGAGCACUUUUUGGAGAAUGGACAGUUUAGGAAGAGAGAAUCUUUUCUGCCAUUCUCAAUGGGAAAGCGAGCUUGUCUUGGAGAACAAUUGGCCAGGUCUGAGCUGUUCAUUUUUAUCACUUCUCUUAUCCAAAAAUUUACCUUCAAGCCCCCAGUCAAUGAGAAACUGAGCCUGCAAUUCAGAAUGUCUGUCACCGUGUCACCCAUCAGUCACCGCAUCUGUGCAAUUCCUAGGCUGUGAUGCUGAAGAAGGAAAAUUUGAAGAAAUGGCAUCUGCUUGGAAGACACUGGUGCUGCUCACAUUUGAGGGGAAGAAAUGAAGGUGGCUGGGGAAAUGGGUAUAAUGAGACUAAAGAGAUUGAAUCCAAUUAUAGGUUCCUAAAUGGAAAGCCAUUUAGGGGCUCAAUGACAGAUUUUCACCUAAGACUUUCAGAGAAAAAUGAUUCUUCCAAUAGAGAAAAUGCUUGCAGGGAUUGUGAUAAAUGGUGGAUUAAAUUGAUAUGGAAAUUGUAAAAACUAUAACAAAAGUUAUGCCUUUACUUUGCCCCUUCCAUUUCUCCUUUCAAUGACAUCCAUGCAUUUGUUCUAAGCCUGUGGGCCUAGUUCAUAUAUAGGGUGCAGAAAGGAGGGUGCCCAUCAAGGCGCUCCCAUUGGCUAAGUCUGCAGCUGUGUUACAUUGCUCUGCCUCUGAGUGGGCCUCUUGAAAGUCAAUGGGGCAGGAUAACUCCCAACAGGUAGGCUAAGCUAGUGCUGUGGAAGCAGUUUCUAUGAUUUACAUAUAGCAGUUGGACCUUGACCUAGGACCCAAGACAUGGUAAGGUAUGACCUAGCAGAUCCUGAAAGCAGGGUUGAGGAGCAAAUAGGAGCCAUUUUCUAAAGGAACUUCUUGCCUAGAAUCCUCCAUCAAACAUUUAUCCCUAGGCAUUCUCACAUAGGACUUUGCUGUGUUGGGUGUGAAUGUCAUUCUCAACUGGCCUUGAAGCUUAAGUGGUUCCAGUUAGCCAGAGUUCACAGGACCCCCAGCAGAAUGUUUUUCAGCAGGGUAUCAUAAAUGGUAGAAUCCUUUCUGGGUGUGAUCACUGAAGGCAGUUAUAAAGUAGGUCUAAUAACACUGACUGGAAAUUUUUAUCUACUUAUGAUUAAAACAACAAAAAAAAAAUGCCAUAAAGUGACCAUCACUCCCAAACCUGUUGGUCCUUAAGAAGUUAGACUCUAUGGAUUCUGCAACAACACAACAACAAACCAUGAUAUCAAGGAAGCACUUGUCUGUGAUAGCCUGAGGUUCCCAAGGAUAGAACCAAGGCAACUAUGAUGUAAUGCAUGAGAUGGUGUAAUGCAAUUGGGAUGUCAUGUAUAAGAGAAGAAUAAAUAAAUAACUAAAUAAAUAAUUAAAUAAACAAACAAAUAAAUAAACAGACAAACAGCUAAAAGCUAAACUAUUUACAAUAGAGGCUACUAUUGUUUAUCUUACAGUAUAAAGAUGUAUAAAGAUGUCUUCUGAAACCAGCUAACAAGAUGCUCAUGCAUGAAAGGAUACAAAGGACCAUCUGUCUAAACUCUCUCAUUUAUCACUCCAGCAUCAUAGUUUCAACAAGGGUCCCUCAGCUAAAUUCUGUCAAGUGAUAUAAAUAUGAAUUUAAUAAUGAUUUUAAUAAAAAGAAAUUCUACAUACUAUAUAAUAUAUAUGUCAUAAAUGCUGUCUUACAUUUUCUAUAAGGUUUACCUGAAAACUUAUAAGGCCUAGUGGUUUAACAAUAUAUACACAGGUAAUAUUAAUUCAUUGCAUCACUCAUGCAUGCCAUUUGAAUUUAAUCCUCUCUUAUUAAGUUGAUAUUGCACAAAAUCUUCUAAACAGAACAAUGGCCAUCACUUAAAAUAAGUACAGCUAAGCUCUUACACAUUAAUAUUCCUUCAAAUGAAGAGGAGAUAGACAAGGUCACUUGUGGACCUUUGCCCAAAUAUCCAUUCAUUCCCCAUAGCUGGUUGUAUGAGGUUAUGCCCUAGUCACAUGAGACCUCAAGGAUUUCUGGGUGUGUGGGCCAAAAUCUAAAAAUGGGGAAAAGAUCUACCUAUAUAGUAAUAAAAAAUUGUUAUAUAAACUGAAUAAAGGCCCUAACACCACCUUUAGAAAAAUUUCUUACAACUAAAGAUGAGUUUAUUUGUUACUGUUAUGUCUCCUGGUAUUUAAUUUUUUUAAUCAAGAGAAAUAUCUGUAUAAAAGUUAAAAUGACCAAUAAAUGUAAUUAUGGAUGUCUGUUUCUCUGAAAACUCC